GCGAGAGAGAUGAGUGAGAGUAAAUGAAAGGAAAAUAACCUUUUUUCUUGAGAUUUCUGACAAGAUUCAAAGAUCAUUUUACAGCUUGCAAGUAGGAUUCAUCAUCUUGGUGGGUCUCUACAAAGAUGGAAUCCGUACAGCAACAUCUCGAUACCCUUGUCUCUGCUAAAGCAAUCCCUGGCUCAAGUGGCUGUGAUGACAAAGGAAAAGAGCUCAUCACCAACAACGGAGAGUCUCAUCAGAGCUCCAGCGGAGAGGAGGAAGAUGAGAUAGUGAAAGAUGAAAAGAGGAGAUUUAAUGUGUCUUUGUGUUCAGUGGAAGUAGAUCUUGAGCUUGGUUUGCCUGAGAAAGUAGUACAUUUGUCACAAGAUGAGAAAGAUUGUAGAAUUUGUCACAUGAGCUUGGAUUCAGUGAAUCUUGAAUGUGGGGUUCCUAUUGAGCUUGGUUGUUCUUGCAAAAAUGAUCUCGCUGCUGCUCAUGAGUAUUGUGCUGAGACUUGGUUCAAGAUCAAAGGAAACAAAAUCUGUGAAGUAUGUGGGUCCAUUGCUGGUAAUGUUGUUGGAACUGUUGAGCCGGAGACUGGGAAUAGUCGUAGUGAAGUAAAUGAUGCAAUGACUCGAGCUCUAAGAACAUCUGGUCCACGAUUGGCGGAAGCUAGAAGUUUCUGGCAAGGUCACAGGUUCUUGAAUUUCCUUUUAGCUUGUAUGGUCUUUGCCUUUGUGAUCUCAUGGCUCUUCCACUUCAACGUUCAUUCCACAUAAAAAAAAGGUAAGAGAAGAAAAAGGGUAAAAGCCAUUAGUGAUAUCUCGAAGAAGUUCAUCUCUCGUGUCUUGUUACACAUUUUUAAGUUCAGUGAAGUUUACAGAGGAGGAAGAGCAAAUGUUUUGUUGGUUGCGGAUACAUUGUAUAUAAAGCUCUAGUUACAUUAAAGUGCAGUGUUGUGAAGUCUCUUCUCUCAUUUCAUUGCAUUUAUGAGAAAUCUG